UGCACACAUACAGUGAGGCAGGUACACAACGGAAGCCAUGUCGCCGCCCGGCAGCGGCCGUGAGAAGGUGGACUCGAAGGCGGCGGUGAAGCCCCAAAUGUUGACAAUCAAGGUGGCGGGCCAGGAGAAGGUGGUCCACCACACCAUGAGGAUGACCGACAAGCUCAAGGUCCUCAUGGACGUGUGGUACCACAAGGUGCCCAACGUGACAUAUGGCACCGGCGUCUUCCUCUACGACGGCUUGCGGGUACGCAGAAAUAUGACCCCGGUGGGCCUUGAGAUGGAGGACGGGGACAUGCUUGAUUUCUUUGAACAUAUGGAUGGUGGAGCUGGACCAUUCAUUGUUGGAUCUAUGUAGUAUGUCGAUCGAUGUUUGCGCACUAGGCGGAGUUGUUGUAACUUGAAGCAUAUGCCUCUUGCAGAAUUUGUAUUGCUAGAUCUUAUUUCAAGGAAAUUUCUGACGUGAGCGGCUCAAAAUAUUAGAUUUUUUGAACUAGUUUCGCUCAUGUAUUAUCAUUAUUAUCUGGUUUUUUGGGAGUGCUCAUUAGUAUCUAUUUUGUCAUAUGUUUGAA